AUGAUUUCUUUACCAUUUGGUAGAACUCGCUGGAUAUCUCGUUAUUUUGUCUUGCUUGAUUCUGAAUUACGAUUCUAUAAAGAUGAGCAUUCUGACUCACCAGUGCAAGUAUUGAAUUUACGUCAAGUCUAUCAAGUCAUUCCAGCACCCAAUGCUCAGCAUCCCUUCUGUUUCAGACUGGAACCCAGCCAACAAGGGCAAUGGAUCAAACCUUGGGUCAUUGAAUGCAAAAAUGAAUUCGACAUGAAAAACUGGCUUGCUGCUAUCAAAAACAGACUUAAGAAAAACAAUGAGGACAAAAGAUCCCACCGAGCUGCAUCCACCAUCAGUGUAACCGAUGCUUCACCAGAAAUGUAUCGUUUGCCAACACUGCCACUUCGUUGUACAAAUUUGGAAUCUGAGCGCACUGUAAAAAAGGAACCUUUGUUGUCCCGAAGAAAGCAGACAUUGGCUCCUAUUGUUACUGAUCCUUCCUUUUUAUUUCAACCUCAACUGACUAUAUCUCCUCCCAUUUUGAACCAAAAACGACGCAGAAGUUCUUUUUUAUUACCUUCAUCCGUUUCUUCUGCAAGUACGGUGCCUUCACCCACAGGAGCCGUGAUUGGUCCCCUGGAUAUCCCUCAUGACGACAUGAGUAAACCUGUCAAACCAUCUCUUUCUUAUGCUCAAUACGUCAGCAGCACUAUACUUUUGGAUCGAAUCCAACAAAAGGACAGCUAUAAACAACUUGUACCUCAACCUUCGUUGCAAAAAGGCCAACAAAAGGAAUGUGAGGUUUCUUUAGAAAGUCCAACUUUCUUAACGUACAAAAGACGCUUUCGUUUAUAA